UCCUAACAGGACAACUACAAAUGGCUACACUUGACCCAUGAGACCAACAGGAGAAAAGGGAAAGCCAGUAUGCUACCCAACAACACAACAAAUGUGAAGCGGAGGUCUAAAGAAUCACAGGUCUUUUAUAAGGUAUGAUUGCUGCUUCAAGGUUACGUUGAGCAAUGGUGUGGCUCUUAUCUCUCUCCUUGGUGCUGGCCACACUGCUUCACUGUUCACCUGGAAACAUUAUCAGGGCCACCUCCACCUCACCGUCAUCCAGCAACUCUGACCAUGUCCCACUCCCUGCAUUCUCUAACUCCCUCAGCACCACCUCCAACAUGGGUACAACAGCCCCGAAGUUUACCACAACACAACAGUCAGGGACAGACAUCCGUCUGCCCGCCAGCGGUAUGCAGGUGCCAGGCAACAGGAUUACCAGUAUGGAGGACUUAGAUGGGGCAUUGGUUGGCACAUCAUAUGGCAGUGAUGAGUCUAUGGAUGAUAGUGGACUUGGGGACACAGCUAUAAUAGAAAGUCAACAAGAGAGACCUGCCAGCCCACUUCUUAUCAAUUCUGCGCCUGGAAAUGAGGAGAAGAAAGCGAAGGAACUUGAAGUGCAUUCCUCCAUCCCUACUUCUCUCUACCCCCCUCCCACGCCCCAAAAACAGACCCAAGACAGCGUCAGCACAGCAGGCCCAGCUGGCUUACAAACGUCAGAGGAUGUGCGUUCACCGGCCAAGAGCCCACUGACCAAGCUUACACUUAGAGCUCCGUCUAAAUUAUCUUUGUCACCCAUAGGGGACGAUGACAGUGGACUCAAUCUGGAACCUGCGUAUUCUAUUGUAGAGAUCUCAAAACAAAUGGAGCCAACUGUCAACUCGACAUCAGAAAGAAACAUUUCUCCAAACCCAUUAACUCAUCACAGCUCCCACCAAUCCCCUAAAGACACAAUUACAGAGGCCACUCUCGAAGAAGACGAAGAAGAAGAAGGGCUUGGAGCACUGGAGGAGAAUGAGGAAGAAGAUGUGGUUGUGUUAAAAUACAUGUUUGUGAUUGACUCAGCGGUUCCCAUACGCAGAGACACUUGGGGAAAACUGUCCCAGUCCUCCACCCUGUCAUCAGCCAAUCCCAAACAAGCACCCAUUGUGACAGGGCAGUUUCAAAGAGAAAAGGAACAAACUCAAUCCCUUCCCGACAUACAAUCGACUGAGUUGCCGGCACAACCAUCACAUGACGUGAAACACAUAAUCCAUCAACAUGAAGAAAACACUAAGGGUCAACUCUGGCCUGCGCCCUCUGUCCUCUACGGUGUGUUUGGUCCCGUAACACAUCAGAACCUGAAUGGAGGCCCCUGUGUGCUGGGUCUUGGCACCUGUGUGCUCCCUACUGGCACCAACGGCACCCUCCUUCUUUGGGAGGACCUGAGCCGCACGCUGGCCUUCGCCUGGGAGCUCCACGUCUAUGGCUCUGCUGGACUCUUCCUGCUUCUGUCCUGUGUGGCUGUGUUGGGAAUGGUUGGGCGGUCUAAUAUUCUCCCCCCCCUCUGUGAUGUCCUAACCCUGGCCAAUAGGCUGUUGCUGCUGACCGGGGCUCUGCGUGCUGUCCUCCUCCUCACUGACCCGUACGGCACACGCCGGAUCCUGUCUCGGCCGGUCCUCACUGCCCUCUAUAAUCUGCCUCUGCUGCUGCUGCUGUGGGCACAGGUUGCCCUGGCGAUGAUUCUGCUGUCCCCAGCAAUGCAGCGCCCUCGUGUGGUGGGAAGUCUGGCAGUCUUACACUGUACCCUGCUGCUGGCAGCCGACCUGCUCUCCCCAACCCUGUCCCAUGCCUUUCCACUGGUUCUACAGAGCCUCUCUCUCUGCUGGGGCCUGACUCUCUGCCUGGGCAUUCUCACUCAGUCACUCUCCCACCUGCAGCCCUUCUCCAAGACCCCUGUACACCAGUGGGGGGCCCCUCAGAGGAUUGAGGAGCGGGCAAGACGCGUGACGGCAGUGUGUGCCCUCCUGGGUGUGCUGUGCUCCGGCCUGCAGAUCUACAGCCUGCUCUGGCUCUAUGGGCUGCUGGGGGACUGGAGGCGCUUUGGCUGGGGCUGGUGGCUGGGGCAGUUCUGGGCACGGGUGCUGGAGCUGUUCUGGGGCUUCUCUAUGCUGGUGCUGGGCUCCUGGGUGUUCUGGACCCCUCGGAGGAGCCGUGCCAGGAGCGACAAUGGCCAAGGGAGGCCAGAGAGAGCAUCGUUUUGGAAAAUCCUGCGGAUAGGGCCUUUCAGGAAUUUUGAGAAAAACUGGGCAGAGCUCAUACCGAAAAACUGGGCGGGGCAGCAUCACUCGGAAGCAGACAGUGGCUCCAUACGUGUCUAUGACAAUCCCCCCACCACACACAGCUUGAGGGACACCAUGUCACCAUCUCAUCACAAGGGUGGAGAACCCACUACCAGCAGCAGCGGUGAUACCCACCUACUGUGGCAGCGGGUGGGUGAGCGCGAGUGCAUCCUCUCCCUCAUAGAGUUUGACAUGCUCCCCCAGUCGCCGAUCAACCUCAGCCGCAGCAUCGACAACGCGCUCCUGCUAGGGGUAGGCAGCCUAUUCACAGCCCCACCUCCUUCCACCUGGACCCACCAAGCUGGUGCUGACACUGACACCUCACUGGCGGACAGUGAGAUCACGCCACCCUCUCUCACCUCUCUCACCUCUCCCACCUCUCCCACCUCUAAUGUUGGCUGUAGGUGGGAGGUGGAGGCUGGCUCCAGGCCUGCAACUUCUGAUCAUUUCAGAGCCAACGAGCAGGCACAGCCUGAGGCAGAGCCAAAAUCGGAGCCACAGCCGCAGCUACAGCUGGACCCACAGCCGCAGCUACAGCCGGACCCACAGCCACAGCUACAGCCGGACCCACAGCCACAGCUACAGCCGGACCCACAGCCGCAGCUACAGCCGGACCCACAGCCGCAGCUACAGCCGGACCCUCAGCCGCAGCUACAGCCGGACCCACAGCCACAGCUACAGCCGGACCCCCAGCCACAGCUACAGCCGGACCCCCAGCCACAGCUACAGCCGGACCCCCAGCCACAGCUACAGCCGGACCCCCAGCCACAGCCACUGGAGGCUUCUGAUAACCAGAUCCUUCAGCCAUCUCCAAACCCUGAGCACCAGGAGAACAUUCCAGACAAUGAUAUAUACAUGUCUAUUGUUCCAAACAAGUUGAAUAAGCCCGGGGUCCCUCAGGAGGAUGACUGGUCCAGUGUGGGCUGCAGUGAUGAUGUUACAGAUCUGUUACAGAGCUGACCGUGAUGUCAUCAUCACCUCAUCCAAAUGCCCAUGUCACUUCAUAUCAGUACGAAAGGACUUGAGUGGUUCCACAGUGAACACUUGGCCAGGGAACAGCACCACUCAUCAGAAGUUUGAUAAAGUCAUAUAUAAGAUAUAAACAUAUUCAGUGUUGUUUAUCAGGUCUCUAUGCUAAAUUCACUUACUGUACUUUAACUCGAUGUUCUCUUAAUAAAUAUUUCAGUUAAAGAAGUCUA